CUCAUACCGAGAUGCUCGAAAUCAAUUUGCCUGAAGCUCACAUCAAGAACCCCACGCAGUCUUCGCCAAUAUGGUGUCUUUGACCUCAAUCUUGUACGCUAUUGCGGCAGCGGCGACUGCAUACGCGGCUCCAACGGCUCUCGAUGUCCGCAACCCUGAGGGCACGGCGCUCGAAGCUCGUCAAUCUCAGUCUGGAACUGGCACGCACAACGGCUACUACUACUCCUUUUGGACUGAUGGUGGUGGCCAGGUCAACUACCAGAACGGAGCCGGUGGCUCGUACACUGUUCAAUGGACCAACGUCGGAAACUUCGUUGGCGGUAAAGGCUGGGCUACCGGAUCGGCCAGAACCAUCAACUACAGCGGUACCUUCAGUCCAAGUGGCAAUGGCUAUCUCGCCGUCUAUGGCUGGACUCGCAACCCCUUGAUCGAGUACUACGUCGUCGAGUCUUUCGGCACCUACAACCCCAGCAGUGGCGCCCAGUACAAAGGGACCGUGAACACUGACGGUGGUACUUACAACAUUUACGUCUCGACCCGCACCAAUGCCCCUUCGAUCGAUGGCAUCCAGACCUUCCAGCAAUACUGGUCUGUUCGCACGAGCAAGCGUGUCGGAGGAACUGUCAACAUGGCCAACCACUUCAAUGCUUGGGCCCAGUACGGUAUGAGACUCGGAACUCACAAUUACCAGAUUGUGGCGACCGAGGGCUACCAGUCCAGUGGCAGAAGCAGUAUCACGGUCUACUAGAUGAAGGACCUGUAAAGGUUGAAGAGUGCCUCCGAAAAGAUGAUGGUUUUGCUGCGCCGAGGAAUCUUGAUGUUGGCGUGCUGCAUGUCCGUGAGCUUGAACGAGACUCUCUUUUGUUGC